AAAUACACAACAGAAGAAACAGACCCCACCAUCUUCUGUUUUUUCUUUUUUCUAAUAUUUAUUUUAUGUUUUCAAUAUAUAAGUCAUAGGUUUGGCCUACCCUAAACCAAGAAACAUGUCACAAAUUUUGUCAUAGGUUUUGCCAACAGUUUUUUAUAUAGAAAUCCUCUCCUCUCCUUUUGGAACAAAUCAAUUUCUUAUUUUGAACCACAACCCACCUUGUUUGCUUCUUCUUUUGGCUAGAAAAUAAAGGGCAGUUCUUGUUUUUGGUUUUGCACUUUUGUUCUUCCUGUUACAAAUAUGACCAUUCAAGCGCAGUUGUAUUCGGAUAAUCUCGGGUUUCCUUUGGUAAGUUCACAGGAUUUAAUGGAGAAUAAUGUUUGCGGAUUUAGCCACUUUUACUUCAAUCCUCAACAUCAACAACAACAACAACAAUUUCUACAAAUUCAACAGCAGCAGCAGCAGUUUCAAAUUCUGAACCAGAAAAAUAAUCAGAAUUUGAUGAACUUCAGUACAACUGGCCAUAACACAAAUUCUAACCAAACAGUGGUGAGCUUAGCCUGCCAAUUAGAGAAACAGAGGCUUGAGAUUGAUCAGUUCAUCAAUUUACAGAACGAGAGACUGAGAUUGGCUUUACAGGAACAAAGAAAGCAACAACUAACAUUAAUCUUGAGAAACUACGAAACAAAGGCUCAGUUUUUACUAAAACAAAAAGACGAAGAAAUCGCAAAGGCAAUGAACAAGUCAAAGGAGCUACAAGAUUUCUUAAAAAGAAUAGAAAUGGAGAACCAAACAUGGCAAAGAAUAGCCAAAGAAAACGAAGCCAUUGUCCUAUCUUUAAACAACACAAUUGAACAGCUAAGAGGAAGUGCAUGUGUUGUAUCAACCAAUGGAGGUGUAGGAGAUGCAGAGUCUUGUUGUGAUGUACAACCAAUGGAGUAUAACGUACAAGAGACACAGCAACUGAGUCUUGAGACAGGAAAUGAGGAACAAGAUACGAGAAAGAUGAUGUGCAAAAGCUGCAAUUGUAGGAAAUCAUGUAUUGUUUUCUUGCCUUGUAGGCACCUUUGUUCAUGUAAAGAUUGUGACCCUUUUCUACAUUCAUGUCCUGUCUGUAGAAUUGAGAAGAAAGCAAGUAUUGAAGCUUUGAUUUGAUCU